CAUCUACUUUAGCGACCAUCACGGAAAUCAGAGUGUGUGCAGCGUCUGUGCUGGUGUUCAACCUGACUGUGGAUUAACCCGUGUACAGAGGAGGAAGCUCCUCCCUCCGGCGGUCCACUAAUGGCAGACAUCAAGAACUUCCUGUACGCCUGGUGUGGAAAGAAGAAGCUGACUCCCAACUACGACAUCCGAGCAGCGGGGAACAAGAACCGGCAGAAGUUCAUGUGUGAGGUCCGCGUCGAUGGCUUCAACUACACCGGGAUGGGCAACUCCACCAACAAGAAGGACGCUCAGAGCAACGCCGCCAGGGACUUCGUCAACUACCUGGUCCGGAUCGGGGAAAUGAAAGCGGCAGAGGUCCCGGCUCUGGGGGUGAGCGUUCCUGACCAACCGGAUGGAGGUGUUGGCGGCGGCGGCGGUGGCGGAUUAUUAGGAACUCUCCCUUCCAGCGGUCCUCUCCCUCCUCACCUCAUGGUCAAAGCUGAGCAAGAAGAGGGCAGCAGCAGUGGACCGGUACCAGGAGUGACUGGACUCGGUUACUCUGGAGGAGGAAACUGGGGAGGAGAAGGAGGAGGAAGAGAAGGAGGAGAAGGAGGAGGAGGAGGAGGUCAGUGGGACCGAGGAGCCAACCUGAAGGAGUACUACGCCCGGAGAGACGAACAGGAAGCGCAGGCGACUCUGGAGUCGGAGGAGGUGGACCUGAACGCUAAUCUCCACGGUAACUGGACACUGGAGAACGCCAAGGCCCGUCUGAACCAGUUCUUCCAGAAGGAGAAAACCAGCGCUGAGUAUAAAUACAGCCAAGUGGGACCGGACCACAACAGGAGCUUCAUAGCGGAGAUGCAGCUGUUUGUCAGACAGCUCGGCAGAAGGAUCACGGCUCGAGAGCACGGCUCCAACAAGAAGCUGGCAGCGCAGUCGUGCGCUCUGUCCCUGGUCCGACAGCUGUACCACCUGGGGGUCAUCGAGGCGUACUCGGGGGUCACCAAGAAGAAGGAGGGAGAGACUGAUAGUAGGAUUAACGGCGAGGAGGCAGAAAACCGCUUCUGUGAACACAAACGUCUCAACAUGUCGACUCUGAGGAUGACCUGGGAGGCCAAAGUCCAGCUGAAGGAAAUCCUGGUUAACUCUGGAUUCCCUGAAGAGUGUUUGAUGACUCAGAUGUUCAACACGGUCGGCCCCGACAACAACCUGGACGUGGUGGUUUCUCUGCUGACCUUCGGCUCGUACCCCAACGUCUGCUACCACAAAGAGAAGAGGAAGAUCCUGACCACGGAGGGCCGCAACGCCCUCAUCCACAAGUCCUCCGUCAACUGCCCCUUCAGCAGCCACGACAUGACGUACCCCUCCCCGUUCUUCGUCUUCAGCGAGAAGAUCCGGACCCGAGCGAUCUCGGCUAAAGGGAUGACCCUGGUCAGUCCUCUGCAGCUGCUGCUGUUCGCCUGCAAGAAGAUCAGCUCCGACGGAGACAUCGUGGAGCUCGACGACUGGAUCAAACUGAAGAUUCCUCACGAGGUGGCGGGCGGUAUCGCGGCGCUGCGGGCCGGACUGGAGGCUCUGGUGGUGGAAGUGACCAAAGACCCAGAAUACGUCAGACAGAUGGACCAGACCAACCAGCGGCUCCUCAACCUGAUCAGACACGUCUCCAAACCGUCAGCAGCCGGACUCAACAUGAUGGCCAGCAACCAGAGGAUGGGAGACGGGCCUCGACCUCCAAAGAUGGGACGCUUCGACGGAGGAGGAGGUUACAGAGGAGGGGGAGGAGGAUACAGGGGAGGUGGAGGAUACGGAGGAGGAGGAGGAGGGGGGGGAGGGUAUAGGGGAGGCGGGGGUUACAGAGGAGGAGGAGGAGGAUACAGAGGAGGAGGUGGAUAUGGAGGAGGAGGAGGUUAUAGAGGAGGUGGCGGCUACGGAGGAGGAGGAGGUGGUUACCGAGGUGGAGGAGGUUACAGAGGAGGUUAUUAAAACAUUUCAGGACUUUAAAAAAAACCUGUAAUUUUUAGUUUUUGUGAAUAAAAUGUUUAACCAGGUUGUUAAAGGUUAAAUGAUUAAUCAUAAAUAAUAAUCAGAAUGAAAAUGUUUGUUUAGUGAAUCGUGUUUGUUUGUAUUGAUUAUUUCAUUGUAACUCAACGUCCCCAAUAAACACUGUUUAAAUGUCUGUGCAGAGUUCGACACUAACGUGCUAAGCUAAGAAUGUAGUUAAAUAGACAUAGGACAGAGCACAAGGGGCGGGGCUUAAGAUAAACAAUACCUGUCUAUACAAGCUGAUGUUAGCAUUUAGCUCAAAGCACGAUUGAGAGAUGAAGAAUCCCAGCUGUAAACAUUGAGUCUUGUAGGACCGAAAGAGAAUAAAAAUGUGAUAAAGCGCUCGUUCACAAACUGCUUCCUGUAGUAAUUUUUUAUUAUUCAAAUGUUAAGUUUGGAUUUACAGGCACAUGUGAACAAACAGGGUCGUUCAGGUCCUCACAGGGCUGGAGACACGGUGCAGAGGAGUCCUGCAGGCUGCGCAGCACAUACAUCACCAUCUAAGACAACAGGGUUACAAUACAAAUAACUGGUACAUUAUAACUUAAAAUACUGUUUAUACAUCAUGUCUGUGUGCGCUGCACAGCCGGCAGAGCGCCGUCUGGAUGGAGGGACGAUAACGAGUCCAGUUCAGAUUCUCAAUAUUCGAUCUGCUGGAGAAGUUUUCUCUGUUCAGGACCUGGUUUUUUACGAAGACCCUGCUUCAGUACCGACGUGAGGAGACGGUGUGACAAGGACAUUUUUGUGAAAUAAAACAUUGACGCCCUCAUUGGGACUGUGAUUACUUUAUAUUAAGGCACAAAACACUAAUUAAUAACUACUGUAGCAACGUGCGACUGAGUGUCCUGAUCGGUAAAAAGGGUCAAAUCUCAAAAAGAAACUAAACAAAAAAUAUUCAGUUAGGUUGAAUUAACAUGUGAAAACCCACAGAAUCAAUAAAACAUGAAAUAUUGGCAUCGCUAUGAGGCAGCAACACUGAGCCGUGUAUACAAGCAAGCGUAUUAUAAUAAUAACAUACCACAGACGUUAUCAUAGAUAUUUAUAUAUAUAUUUAACCUGGAGGUUUCAGUUGAUUGAUUGUGAUAAAACUUAACGUGGCUGUUUGCAUGUUGGAGUUUUAUUUCUUAAAAUCAGCCACUCCUGAAUCAUUUUUUUUAAGCAUAUAUUUACACAAAUAACAAAUUCCUCACUCUAUGUCAUAAUAAAAAA